AUGCCAGGAACAGGAGCUGUCAGAAAAGCUGCUUUCCAUCCAGAUCGAGUGCCUUGGCGACGCUCGGAGAGGAGCCUGGCUGAUGAGAAGUAUGACAAUCUCUUCCUACAGCUGAAACAGUCCACUGAGCGACACGACCAGGAGAUCCGUGAGGCCAACACAAACUUCGAUCUUCGCCACAAGAAGAUGCAGGACGAGUUCGAGGGCACUAUCUCGAAAGAGUACGAGAAGAACAGCAAACUUUUGGAUGAGUUGCAAAGCCUUCGGGAUGAAUUCGAGGGCGACAAGUCCAAGUUGCUGAAAGCCCAUGAAGAGCAGCUUCUUCAACUUCGCAGUGCUCAGGAACAAGCUUUGAGAGACUGGAGGACAGAUUAUGACAAGGUUUGCAGCCUGCUGAAAUCCGAUGGCUUGAAGUUUGAAGAAGCUUUGCGCCAGCAGGAGUUUGAGUACGAAAAUCAGAUCGUGGAAAUCGUGGAAAGAGAGCGCAAGGCUCUGCAGGACGAGUCCGAGAAGUCCGCCACAGCACUGAAGGACGGAGUCAGCAUGAAGCAGACCAUCGGCAUGUUGCAGAACCAGGUCAAAGCAAAAGAGGCGGAGCUUGUUGAGGCUGCAGAACGUGAAGAAGCCUUGAAGAAAAAGUUGCAAGCUUCGCAAGAAAUGGUGGAGAAGGUCAGAGCUCAACUGAAGGAGCGAGAAAGAAGCCUAAAGGUAAAGGAUGAAAGCCUCAACAAGUUGAGAGAGCAAAUGAAGCACUUGGAAAGCUUCCGCUUCGUGCUCUUUCACAAGGUGAGGGCACUUGAAGAAGAACGAGAUCCGCUGGAAGUGCAGGUAAACUCACUCAAGACCAGUGUUCGAGAAAUGUACACUGAGUUUGUUCGUGAGUUCCGGCAGAAGCAAAAGCUGGAUCAUGCACUGAGCGACAAGAGCAUGCUAUCAUCGUCCUUGCAACAGGAGAAUGUGGAGAAUCUCAGCUGCAGUGCAGAAUUCAGCCUUUGUGUGAAAGUAGCUGGCACUAUGGCAGUGCUUCUGAAUCAAUCAUAG